CAGUAACUUGAGGUUGUUCUGCUAGUUCCAGUCACAGUUCCGCCUACCCUCUUCUUUUGCGCCCAACCUCCGUCCAAACAGCCGCGGUUCUUGAGUCCCGUCCUAUCUCUCGUAUCUACCUAUUUCUUUACGGCACAUCCUGGUUGAUACCAUGAGCGCUUCGAACGAAGUGGGCGCACACACCACCGGCGACUUCCCUCAAGACCGCGAAGAGUUCCAGACCAUUGCUCAGAGUAUUCAGGGUGUACAGGAUCCCGAGAUCGUAUUUCCGACGUCAACAAGAACGGGUGAACUGCCAACGGAGGGACGGGAGGAGAGUAAUAAAGAAGACGGGGAAAGCGCAAAGGAUCAGGAGGAAGAGAAGGCUAUCGACAGCGAGGCGUCCCAUUAUUGGGAUGCUUCGACCAUGAAACCGCUUAGUCCAGCCUCGGCGGCUGCCAUUGCCCGAUUAAGAGCCUUCAAGCCCCCUCCCUUUCCGCUAUGGGACCGCCUACCAAUCAGUCGCCGCGCCGCGGUGUUGUUGCUCCUUUUCGCAGACAAGCGCGGUGAUCUCCGUGUCGUCAUCACCAUGCGCGCCGCGAGCAUGCGCAGCUUCUCUGGGCAUGCCGCGCUACCCGGCGGGAAGGCAGAUAGUGUAGAGGAAACACCAUAUCAAAUCGCCCGCCGCGAAGCCUGGGAAGAAAUCGGUCUUCCCAUGGACGACAGCAAGCUCCCCUCGCCCUUCCGCAUCGAACACCUCUGCUAUCUGCCCAUGAACCUCGCGCGCACCGAGCUAGUCGUCCGUCCCUGUGUUGCCUUUUUGCACGCCGAUGACAAGGUCGCGCCAGCGGCAGACGAAUCCCUGAUUCCGCGCCUCAAUGCCAAGGAAGUCGCCGCCGUCUUCUCCGCGCCCUUCCACAACUUUUUGCGAGCCCAUGAUGAAGUUCCGAAAAGCGACGAGGACGGCUCGCAAGAAAAGCCGCCGCCAGGCAAGUGGUACGAGGGCAGCUGGACGAACUGGCACGAGGAGCGGUGGCGGUUGCACUUCUUCUACGUGCCCGUCAACAACCAGCAGGUAGCCAAGCCGGGGUCACGGAAGCAGCUAAAGGCCGCCGAAGAAAAGUCGUCAAACCAAAGCGCAAUCAUCAACCCGGAAGACGACGAGGACUUGCCGCCACCGACAGCAGCGCUCGCCCGUGGGGACGAGGAGGAAAGCGAGCGAUACAAGGUUUGGGGGAUGACGGCAAGGAUAUUGGUGGACGCGGCGACGGUGGCAUAUGGGGAGGAGCCCGAGUUCGAGCAUAACAGCCAUUUUGGAGACGAGAGGAUGAUCAUGGGGUUGGAUAAGUUGGGCAUGUUGGGGGAGAAGACGAAGAAGGAGAGUGUGUUUACGCAGGAGGAUCUAAAGAAGGCGAGUGAGGCGGCGAAGAAGGCUAGCGAGGCGUCAAAGAUGUAGAUAGAGGAGGACCUGGAGGUAAUGUAGUUCAAUGUGGGUGAACAGGGUGUUGGAGGUCUUGUUGUUGAUCUAUAGGCACAAGUUAUGCAUAAAAUUUAAUAUCAACACCACAAAGCGCCAGUGGUUUAGUGGU